AUGAGAGAUUUCCCCUCUUGUUUCAGCGAGAAUGGAGUUCAGGUAGCCGAUUCUUCUUCUUCUUUUGCCUCGUCUUCAACCGUCACUAAAACUGCUCAGAAUCUAGUCACUUGCUUGUACCAAUGUCGAAUCCGUGGCCGUUCCUGCUUGAUCACUGUCUCCUGGACCAAAACCUUGAUGGGUCUAGGACUAGCCCUUGGAAUCGACGAUUCCUCACACCAUUGUCUUUGCAAAGUUGAAAUUAAACCGUGGCUGUUCUCUAAGAAGAAUGGGUCGAGGAGCUUGGAAGCUUACUCAUGUAAAAUAGACGUCUAUUGGGAUCUCUCUUCAGCGAAAUUCGGAUCCGGUAGCCCUGAACCACAACAAGGGUUUUACGUCGCAGCUGUAGUAGACAAGCAAAUGAUUCUCCUUCUGGGGGACAUGACUAAAGAAGCCUUCAAGAAAACCAACGCCAGUGCCAUUCUACCUCUUACUUCUAGUGCUGUUUUUGUAGCCAAGAGGGAACAUCUCUCUGGCAAGAAAGUGUUCAGCACUAAGGCUCAAUUCUGUGACAAUGGUCAGGUCCACGAUCUCGUCCUUGAAUGUGACACGAUUGGGGUCAGCGAUCCGUGCCUCAUGGUUCGAGUGGACCGCAAAACGGUGUUGCAGGUGAAGCGGCUGAAAUGGAAGUUCCGUGGCAACCACACCAUACUGGUUGAUGGUUUUGCUGUUGAAGUUCUGUGGGAUGUUCAUAAUUGGCUGUUUGGUGGGGGUAGUUCAGUAGGGAAUGCUGUGUUUAUGUUCAGGACGUGUCUUGAGAAGCUGUGGGGCGGAGGAAGCCAGCAGCAGCACGACGAUGAUAUGAGUUUGUUGACUUGGUCAUCAUUCUCACAGAGAUUCGUGGACUGCAAAUCACAUCAAAAUCCUGAUUUUAAGUUGGUCUUGUAUGCUUGGAAGAGUGAAUAG